AUGUGCUACGACCGCUACGUGUCCAUCUGCAAACCCCUGCACUAUGGGACCCUCCUGGGCAGCAGAGCUUGUGCCCACAUGGCAGCAGCUGCCUGGGCCAGUGCCUUUCUCACUGCUCUGCUGCACACAGCCAAUACAUUUUCCCUGCCCCUGUGCCAUGGCAAUGCCCUGGGCCAGUUCUUCUGUGAAAUCCCACACAGCCUCAAGCUCUCCUGCUCCAAAUCCUACCUCAGGGAACUUGGGCUUCUUGUGUUCUCCCUCUGUUUGGUAUUUGGUUGUUUUGUGUUCAUUGUUUUCUCCUAUGUGCAGAUCUUCAGGGCCGUGCUGAGGAUCCCCUCUGAGCAGGGACAGCACAAAGCCUUUUCCACCUGCCUCCCUCACCUGGCUGUGGUCUCUCUGUUUAUCAGCACUGCCUCAUUCACCUACCUGAAGCCCCCCUCCAUCUCCUCCCCAUCCCUGGAUCUGGCCCUGUCAGUUCUGUACUCGAUGGUGCCUCCAGCCCUGAACCCCCUCAUCUACAGCCUGAGGAACCAGGAGCUCAAGGGUACCCUGAGGAAAAUGAUGAAUGUAUCUUUUCAGAAAUGUUAAACUUUUCUGCUCCAGAACCUUGUGAAUGUAACUCUUUACAAUCUAGGCCUUUUUUUCCUCUUUGUCCAUUUUGUCACUGGGACCUUUUCUUAUUAUUAUCCCGGUGUUAAAAUGUUUUUUAUAAUAUACUCUAGUACUACUCUGAGCAUUUCUACAUGAACUUCCACUUCUCUUUUGUAACACAAAGGCUUUUAGGUGGCUUGUUCCCUCUGUAUUUGAAUAAAAAUAAGUGGCUGUC